AUGAGGCUACUCAACACCGCAACAAUUGUGGUGCAGGAGUUCAACGAUAAUAAUCUCCCUCCGUAUGCCAUAUUGUCGCAUAGAUGGGAAGAUGAGGAAGUUGCGUACCAGGACUUGGCAGGAGAUCGAGGUCAUACUAUGAAAGGAUACGCUAAGUUGAAAAACUUUUGUCGCCAAGCCUUGUCAGACAGUUGGCAAUGGGUAUGGAUGGACACUUGUUGCAUCGACAAGUCCAGUAGUGCCGAGUUGUCAGAAGCAAUCAAUUCCAUGUACAAUUGGUAUCGAGACUCUCGUGUUUGCUAUGUUUACUUAUCCGACGUCCCUCCUGAGGUUGAUAUGUCGUUCCAUAUCCAAGAGGACUCACCUUUCCGCAAAAGCCAAUGGUUCACUCGGGGCUGGACUUUGCAAGAGCUCCUGGCUCCGAGAUAUUUGGUGUUCUAUGACCGAGAAUGGGGUGAGAUCGGAACCAAGUCUUGUCUGGAAACACGGAAAAUGUCUUGGGCAUCAAAUCGUCAAACAACUCGGACUGAAGACAUGGCUUGCUCGCUCAUGGGAAUGGUCGAGAGCCUUUUGCGACUUCAAUUGGAGAUCAUCAAGAACUCGGAUGAUGUAUCAAUUUUUGCCUGGUUCGACGAGAAUGAUGAUUCUACAGGGAUGUUGGCACCAUUUCCUUCCUGCUUUCGAACCUCUGGGAAUGUCAGACUGCUGUACAGUCAGCGCCUCAAGCGGCCAUACACAAUGACAAAUAAAGGCCUCCACAUGCCAUUGUUCUUAGCCUUCAAAAGAAAUCUGAUGGCCAAUUUCUUGUCAGCCAUCGAGGAAUUACCGCGCUACGAAAUGACAUAA